AUGGCCAGCGGAUCAUCCAAACACCAUGUUGUCGUUUCAGCCAACUCUGUUCCUUUCGCUCAUCAAUUCGACCUCGACGAUGCUAUAACGAUGUCGGAGAAUCCUCAAGCCAGGCAACAAGCAGUUACCUCUUUGGUUUCAGACAUGCCGGUUGUUAAUGAUGCAACUGGAAGUUGCUCAAUUUGCAUGGAAUGUUUCAGGCAAUCUGAUCAGGGAGCUGCUAGACAAGUCUCCUGCGGCCAUGUCUAUCACCAUAUUUGUAUUUCCGAUUGGCUCUUAAACGGCAACAGCAACUCUUGCCCUCUUUGCCGUCAUGAAAUCUCCGGUUGA